CCCCUUCGGUGGAGCUAAAAGCCGACCGAACUCGACUGUCUCUACUCUCGAGUCUCGACAGCCUGCCUGCCAAAAGCACGCAGACGCUAUUGUGUGCAAUAUGCGCGGCAUUUUUUGCAAUUAGUGCGUAAAAUUUUAUGUCCCGAGAAUUUCUAAACAUAAAUUGUUUUUAUUUACGAAUGUGCGAUUAGUUUUGUAUGGAGAUAAGUUUUCAGCAUUGACUGUACUCGUUAAAACGCUUCGAUGCGUAACGGCAUAGCAGCAUUGAUUUUUAGCAUCGCGCUGUUUAGGCAGCACUGCGCGGCGCUCUUGAUUUUGCAUUUGGAGAAGAAACCAGACUUAAGGAUUAUUGCGGGGGAUUUAAAAUUAACUCGUAACUUUGAAACAUUACAGGCUACUCUCAGCUGAUCAGCUCGAUACUUCGCAGUUUGCCAAUCAUACUGUACAUUGCUGCCUGGAUAUCGGACUUUGCAUGCCUUCCAGUGUCAGUCUGCCGAUGGUUUGUCGAUGAAUAAUCAACGGUUUUAUAUGGUGCUGUUUACACUGCGCGAGCGCUGGCGGUACUUCCUCGAACAAAUACUGCAAUCAUGCUAGCAAUUGAAAUGGCGCUGUAAAAUGCCGUGCUGAUGAAAUGCUAACGAUUCUACCGGCAUCACUGGUGUUUGGGUUUGUUUGUUUAAUUGUUGUGGGUAAUUGUCGGGAAUCCUGUUGAUUUCGACACCGUUUGAUUUUGCUAUCUGCUCGCAUUGAAGCGGUUUGCUGCGCUCAAAUAAUAUCAGUGAACGUCAACAAUAUGGAUAACAAACAUCCUGAUAAGACUUCACAGGCGGUGCCUGUGAGAUCAGUGAAUAAUGCUAUCGAAGAUGAAGAAGUGAAGCAUGUCUACGGGGAUAAAGAAGCUGUUGUUGCGGAAACUGCAGCAGAAGAUAUCCUCAUCACGCCUGGGCAAGAACCCGUACUUUUAGAGCCUGAAGCGCCGGAUGGUGGCUACGGCUGGGUUAUUAUUUUUGCGGUAUUCAUGAUCCAUUUGAUAGUGGAUGGAGUUUCGUAUUCUUUUGGAGUUUUGUUUCCGCAGCUGCUUGAUUUAUUCGGUGGUACAAAAAGCGAUACUUCCUGGACAAUAUCGAUUUUGAUCGGCACUACGUACGGCUGCGGACCUUUGCCAAGUUUUCUAGCUAUUCGUCUGGGACGAAGGACUGUUGCCUUUAUCGGCGCCUUGAUUGCGUUUUGUGGAGCUUUGUUGAGCUGUUUUGCUACUGCAACAUGGCAUUUAACUUUAACGUUUGGAUUUAUUACGGGUCUUGGCUUCGGAUUUCUAUACUUACCGGCUGUUGUCAGCGUCGCCACCUGGUUCAAAAAACGUCGAGCCUUGGCAGUAGGAAUUGCAGUUUGUGGUACCGGCUUUGGUACCAUUGUGAUGGCUCCGUUGUCAAAUUAUUUAUUGGAAGAAUACUCACUUUGGGGCUGUUUAUUGUUAUAUGCCGGUAUUAUCUUGAACUGUUGUAUUUUUGCGGCCUUGCUGCGACCGACGCCAGGCGAAGUAAUUGCUGCAAAGCGAGGUGCGAGAAAGAGCAAGCCAGUGGCGGUGGAACAGAAAGAACUUGAUAAUCUAUUGCACCAGAAUAAUUCAGCAAAUGCUCAAACAAAUCGGCGUCGAAACCGGAUCGCGCAAAUGUUGGAUAUGGAUUUAAUGAGACAGUGGAGAUUUUGGGUUUACUGUCUGACAGCUUUCUUUGGGGGAAUCAGUAGUUACAUACCUUACACAUACUUGCCGCAUCGAGCGGAAGUGGAGGCUGAAAUCCUGAAGCACGACGCGGCAAAGCUGAUUUCCUAUAUUGGAUUCGCAAAUCUCGUUGGCCGUUUGACAUCCAGUGCCAUUUCCGAUCGGCCUUUCGUAAACAGGAUGAUUCUGUACAGUGUAUUCUGCCUUAUUGCCGGAGCUGCAACAUCAUUGUCUGUUUUAUGUAACACGUAUUAUUUAUUCGUGUUUUAUUCCAUCGUAUAUGGAUUCUCCGGCGGAUUUAUUAUUGCGUUGCAGUCCGUUGUGUUGACCGAUAUCGUCGGUUUAGAAAAACUCACCGCUGCCUUUGGUAUAUUGUUAUUUAUUGAGGGAGCCGCAGUUUUUGUAGGGCCUCCAAUGGCUGGUUCUAUUACCGAUGCUCAUGGAGGGAAUUAUACGGUUGCUUUCAUUGUUUUUGGAAUUCUCAUGGCUAUGGCAGGCCUUAGCCUCCUAGUGAUACCCGUUACGAAUGCAAUUACCGGUAACCGCAAAACCCGGACCCCAACAAGCAGUAUCACAGCUUGACAUGACGGUUGUACUUGCUCGGCUACAGAGUGUUAUUAUUUAUUGCGUGAAUCUGUGGACGAGAACUGUAUUGCUCAGUGUUUCUAAAUGUGCCACGAUCUUGAACUUGUUUUAUAUUUUGUUUUACUUUUACCUUUACUGUUGAGUUCCUAAGGACUUCGUGUGGUUUGCAUUUGGGAUAGUAUUAAGAAAGUCUGGUCAGAUAACUCGAAUUAUAAAAUCUUUGUUCUUGA